CAGGUCCCGGGAGUCGCCGCGCCGGGAUGUGGAGUCUCCUGCGCGAGGCGGACUCCGCCGUGCUCUCCGGGCGCCGGCCGCGCUGGCUCUGCGCGGGGGCCCUGGCGCUGGCGGGCGGCCUCUUCGUCCUCGGCUUCCUCCUAGGCUGGUUUAUAAAAUCCUCCAAUGAAGCUACUGACAUCAUUCCACAGCAUAGCAUGAAGAAGGCUUUUUUGGAUGAAUUGAAAGCUGAGAACAUCAAGAAGUUCUUAUAUAAUUUUACACGGAUACCACAUUUAGCAGGAACAGAACAAAACUUUCAGCUUGCAAAGCAAAUUCAAUCCCAGUGGAAAGAAUUUGGCCUGGAUUCUGUUGAGCUAGCCCAUUACGAUGUCCUGUUGUCCUUCCCAAGUGAGACUCAUCCUAACUACAUCUCAAUAAUGAUGAAGAUGGAAAUGAGUAUUUUGUUUCUCUAGAUUUUCAACACAUCAUUAUUUGAACCACCUCCUCCAGGAUAUGAAAAUGUUUCGAAUGUUGUGCCACCUUUCAGUGCUUUUUCUCCACAAGGAAUGCCAGAGGGUGAUUUAGUGUAUGUUAACUAUGCACGAACUGAAGAUUUCUUUAAACUGGAGCGGGACAUGAAAAUAAAUUGCUCUGGGAAAAUUGUGAUUGCCAGAUACGGGAAAAUUUUUAGAGGAAAUAAGGUUAAGAAUGCCCAGCUGGCAGGGGCCAGGGGAAUCAUUCUGUACUCGGACCCUGCUGACUACUUUGCUCCUGGUGUGGAGGCUUACCCAGACGGUUGGAAUCUUCCUGGAGGUGGUGUCCAGCGUGGGAAUGUCUUAAAUCUUAAUGGUGCAGGGGACCCUCUCACACCAGGUUACCCAGCAAAUGAAUAUGCUUAUAGGAGUGGAAUUACAGAGGCUGUUGGUCUUCCAAGUAUUCCUGUUCACCCAAUUGGAUAUCAUGAUGCACAGAAACUUCUAGAGAGGAUGGGUGGCUCAACAUCCCCAGAUAGCAGCUGGAGAGGAAGUCUCAAGGUGCCCUAUAAUGUUGGACCUGGCUUUACUGGAAACUUUUCUACACAAAAAGUCAAGAUGCAUAUCCAUUCCAACAGUAAAGUGACAAGAAUUUACAAUGUGAUAGGUACUCUCAGAGGAGCAGUGGAACCAGACAGAUAUGUCAUUUUUGGAGGUCAUCGAGACUCAUGGGUGUUUGGUGGCAUUGACCCUCAGAGUGGAGCAGCUGUUGUCCAUGAAAUUGUGAGGAGCUUUGGAAGACUGAAAAAGGAAGGAUGGAGGCCUAGAAGAACAAUUUUGUUUGCAAGCUGGGAUGCAGAAGAAUUUGGUCUUCUCGGUUCUACUGAGUGGGCAGAGGAGAAUUCAAGACUCCUUCAAGAGCGGGGUGUGGCCUAUAUUAAUGCCGAUUCUUCUCUAGAAGGAAUCUACACUCUGAGAGUCGAUUGUACUCCACUGAUGUACAGCUUGGUAUAUGACCUAACAAAAGAGCUGCAAAGUCCUGAUGAAGGCUUUGAAGGCAAAUCUCUUUAUGAAAGCUGGAAUGAAAAAAGUCCUUCCCCUGAGUUUAGUGGCAUACCCAGAAUUGGCAAGUUGGGAUCUGGUAAUGAUUUUGAGGUGUUCUUCCAAAGACUUGGAAUUGCCUCAGGCAGAGCACGGUAUACAAAAAAUUGGGUAACAAACAAAUUCAGCAGCUAUCCACUAUAUCACAGUGUCUAUGAAACAUAUGAGUUGGUGGAAAAAUUUUAUGAUCCAACGUUUAAAUAUCACCUCACUGUGGCCCAGAUUCGAGGAGGGAUGGUGUUUGAACUAGCUAACUCUGUAGUGCUCCCUUUUGACUGUCGAGACUAUGCUGUAGUUUUAAGGAAGUAUGCUGACAAAAUAUAUAAUAUCUCAAUGAAACACCCACAGGAAAUGAAAACCUACAGUGUGUCAUUUGAUUCACUUUUUUCUGCAGUAAAGAAUUUUACAGAAAUUGCCUCUAAGUUCAGCAAAAGACUACAAGACAUUGACAAAAGCAACCCAAUAUUAUUGAGAAUGAUGAAUGAUCAAUUGAUGUUUCUGGAACGAGCAUUUACUGAUCCUUUAGGGUUACCAGAUAGGCCUUUUUAUAGGCACAUCAUCUAUGCUCCAAGCAGCCACAACAAGUAUGUGGGGGAGUCAUUCCCAGGAAUUUAUGAUGCUCUGUUUGACAUUGAAAGCAAAGUGGAUCCUGUUAAGGCAUGGGGAGAAGUGAAGAGACAGAUUUCUAUCGCAGCCUUCACAGUACAGGCUGCAGCAGGGAUUUUGAAAGAAGUAGCCUAAGAAGUUUCUUCAGAAAACCCAUAUUGAAUUUGUACAACAUAUCACUCAGAAUCAUGAUAAGGUAUAUUGAUAAAUUUAAACUGUGUAUAUUGAUAAAUUAAAAAUAAAGUUGGAGAUUAUAUAUA